AUGGAUGGAUUAGUAGAAAAAUCCAAAAAAGAAAAAAAUAGUUUUUCCUCGUCAGAAUCACAAGGGUUAAUUAAAAGAAGACAGUUUAGCCAAUAUGGAGCAGCUCAAAUUGGAGGAAUGCCAGAAAUGCCUACAGGAAUUGGUCCUCCAGGCCCUCCAGCAAGUGCUUGCCCAGGAGGCCCAGCUUUACCUAUUGAGUGUGACCCAAAAAGGCCAUGGCCCCAAUGCCCUCCUCAAAGUUAUUGUUAUGCUACAAAUUCUGUUGAUAUUGGACCUUAUUAUUGCUGUCCAGUUUGUUAGUUUUCUAAUUAAAAAUACAAUCGAACCUUGCUAUUAUAAAAUACGCCCUUUUAC